CCAUGAACUGGAAUCUCCGAUAGAUAGCCCAGUGUCCCCAAUUUCUGACCGUCACGCACCCCUGAUCGUGGUUUUGCGCCAUUAAAAGGGUCCCUUUCGAUGGGUUCCAAUGAAAGGACUCUUGAUGAAACCGCAAUGCGCGUAUACUUCAGAAAUCCUGCAUAUCCGUCCGCUAUAACUUCACACGCAGGACUCCAAGCGGGGCCUUCAUCCUCAAUUCCUAAAAAGGGAACCGCGCCAGAAUCAUUGGUGGCCGACAUCCUAGCUUUGUCAUCCGAGCAGCUAGAGGAACAAAGAUCCAAUCAGUGGACUGUAUACAGCUUUUCGAUGCAGUGCCAGCUUAACGAGGUGGAGCGUGUGUAUCAUUACGACAUUCAGCCAGGGGAGCUCCUUGAGUUGCAUCGUCGAGGUCAUUAUGUGUUCCUGUCGCGCGAACGCUACAUACAACCGUACUUUGAUUGCUUGGCAUACAGAGCCAAAGACAAGGGGAAAGGGAAGCGAGUGGGGCUCUCCCGAAAGGGUUCCAGUGAUAUGAUGAAUGAUCAUACACAAGUCCAUCGUUCACUCACUCUCAAAUCGUCAAGGUCGUCACUCAACUUGAAAUCCUCCACACCAUCCCCUGGAUCGAGACGAGCAUCCGUGAAGGAAGGAUUAUCUUUUCAACAUCCAGCAGAAACCACUCAUCCUCAAGUGCAAUCGAGUCCUUCGCCAUGGAAUAUAUUUGAACAAGGACCAGAACGGAGCAAAGGCAAUGACUCCACAUUUUCGAGUUUAGUAGAAGGCGUCACCAGUGUCUCGGAUGCCACUGUUGCGGCGCCAUUCUCCCCUUUACCAGGUCCUACACAGCAGGAUUCGCGUAAACCUCGAUUAUUACCCCAUUCCUCCUCAUCGUCACUGCGACACAUCCUGAGCUUUGGUUCAUUUAACGAAGAUGCUCGCACCGGAGGCACAUCAGGUUCGACAACAAAAUGGAAAUCAUGCUGGUUGACCCUUAGUGAUAGUGUGUUGCGGAUUUGGAAGCAUCGGGCUGUGAGUUUUCGCUUGCGCAUAAAAGUAAGCUGAUAACAAUCGCAUCGUUCCCAGUCGCAAAACCCACUGGACACCUUCAACUUGAGUGAAUUGAUAUCUAUACAAGAGCGUGAUUCACACAGUCCAACGUUGAUCCCAUUCCCCGGUCAACCUGGACACUUUCUAUCUAUCAAAUUUCUGGAGCCACAUACUGGCGGAGCCUCCCGAGAGGUUAGGGAGCGCCUGCUCUCUGUUAACCUACCGGACCAACACUGUUGAGUACCUUUCUUUGUAACAGUGAUGCGCAGACUCUUCUCAUCAG